AUGCCCUCGUUCAGGGGCGCCAACGUAAAUGGGUUCGAAGCUACUCCUGAGUCCAGGAAGCCUGAUCCAUCCCGUCUUGUGGAUGCGUACUUCCACUCUGCUGCGACUCUCAACUAUAUUCGUGCUGCCCUGGCUUCAGGCCUUGCUGACCUGCACUCACCCCUAGACUGGGGUCUGGGCCAUGUCAAGACCCCUGCCAUCAAGGAGAAGUACGAAAAGAUCACUUCCAGAGUCACUGACUCCCUUCGCUUCAUGCGAACCGUCGGCCUGGACACCGCUCACGGUAUCGAGACUGCUGAUAUCUACACCAGCCACGAAGGUCUCAUAUUGGAGUACGAGGAGACCCUCACCCGCGCUUCAAGGAACCCAGUCGAGCCAGCUGGAAGCCGUAGCCUCCCCCAGGCUGUACAGGAAGAGAAGGAGUUCUACUAUGAUCUCUCCGGCCAUUUCCUCUGGAUAGGCGACCGCACCCGCCAGCUUGAUGGCGGCCACGUUGAGUUCUUCCGUGGCAUAUCCAACCCAAUCGGCAUCAAGGUCGGUCCUAGCAUGCAGCCAGAUGAGCUAGUAGCUCUCCUUGACAUCGUCAACCCAGACAAGGAACUCGGAAAAGUCACCCUCAUCUCUCGUUACGGCGGCAGCAAGAUCGCGGACCACCUCCCCGGCCAUAUCAAGGCCGUUCAGGCUUCAGGACACAUCCCCAUCUGGCAAUGUGACCCUAUGCACGGUAACACCAGAUCUACCCCGUCCGGUGUCAAGACAAGAAACUUCAGUGAUAUCCUGUCUGAACUGCGUCAGGCUCUGGAGAUUCAUCGUGCUCACAACUCGUACCUCGGAGGUAUGCAUCUUGAGUUGACGGGUGAGGCCGUCACGGAGUGUGUCGGUGGUGCUGCUGGCCUGACUGAAGAUGGCUUGAGUGAGCGAUACACUACCUUCUGCGACCCCAGAUUGAACGAGAAGCAAGCUCUUGAGCUUGCAUUCUUGGUCGCUGGUUUUUACCGUGACCACGCUGCUGCAAAUGGAACUGAAAGCCCCCUUUGA